UAAGUUUUUUUAAAAAAUUAUAAAAAAUUUACGUAAAUGGUAAAUGCCUUUAAUAUUUUUAUAAUAAUAUAAUUUUUUGAAAUUGUAAUCGUGUAUUGAUAUAAAGUUCACUUAAGUAUUAUAAUGUUAUAUAGUUAUAAGUCCAUUUGAAAAAAAAACUAUGUGGAGUGUUAUAAAUCGCCGUGUAUUCCUUAGGAAACUUAUUGCUCGUUGCUCGUCCACAAACGGUUCAUACGGACUAGAUAAAAUAAAACCAUUGCCCGUUCCAGAUAUAGUGAGGAAACCACGUCGCUUACCGUUUUUGAAAUCAAUAUACGCCGGUCAGUAUGAUAUCGAAGUCCUUACAUAUCCAGAAACACUUAAUCUGGAGAGGUUUAAAGACCUGGAAUCCCGAGUGCAACAAGUCCAGCACAAUUGUACGAAAAUCGACACUGUCCGUCAACUAGGACUGUUUGGCAUGAGUGCUCCAUACCCAAGUUCAGGCCUCAACUUAUCUGACACCGAAAUAGCACGUGUAUUUGAACACUUUGAUUCCAACACAUUUAAGUCCGUAUUUGAUCACACGCUGUGUGUUGACAUAAUCAAAACUUUUGGUACGCCUAGUCAAAAAUCAAAAUAUUUACCAUUGCUCGCAUCGGGUGCUGUAUGCACAUUACACGUCGAUACUGUAACAAGUACACUACUGCCCAAUGAGAGCUGGGAACUCACAGGCUCUGUGAAAAAUUCUGCUGAUGUUUUCUUGUUAUUUGUCAUUGGAAGUAAAGCCUACAUAGUUGAAAAGGAUAAAACUUUUGUCAACGGGGAAAAUUUAGAAUUGAGACAGGUAGUUGUUGCUCCAGAUGAUAUCAUAGAGAAUGUUAAUUUAACAAAAAUAAUGCACAGAGGUAAAUUAUACACGUGUUCUUUAUUAACUACGUCGUUGAAGAGAGUUGUUCAAGCAACUGUUCAGAAUUUAAUACCAAAAACUAGGUUAAAUCUAAAAUUGAGAGAAUGUGAUUCUGUUCUGAAGAUAAUAUCGAAAUCGUUAAUAAACAUUUAUACACUUGAAAGUAUGAUAUAUCUGACCACGUGGAUGACUGAUGGAUUUGAUGAUCCAGACAUCGAGCUAGAGUCGGCUUCCAUACAGCUAUUUGCUCGUCAAACAGUUGACAGUAUAUUGAUAGAUUUAAAAAUGGUAAAUGGAAGAAGUUCUAUAAAUCAAAAGUUUUCGAAUUUAUGCAAUGAGGUGGAAGAGUUAGUAGAGAGUUUGGAAGGAAGUAUGAAACUAGCUAAUUAUAUUAGUAGUCAAGGUGUGGAGUUUUUCAAUAAAUCUGAUUAUGAAGAAAAUGUUUCAUUUCUGACUACAGCUUAUAGAAAUAUAAUGAUGAAAAGAAAUGAGCCGAGUUUAAAAUAUGGCCUUCAACAAUUCCUACAUCCCGCUCUCAAGCAUGCCGCAAAUUUUCUUGAGUAUGAUGUAUUGAAAUUUCAAUUUAUAAUUAACCAAUGCCAUGCUGCCGGUCAACUGACUACCGAUAAUCAAAUGCUUAUGGAAAGGUUGUCAACAGUAAUUGUAUACAUUUAUGCCAUGACAGCAGUUCUUGGUAGAACAUCUAGAUCAUAUUGUACUGGAAUCCGGUUUUGUGAUUAUGAAAUGAAUACUGGAGAAACAGUGGUUAGAGAGUCAUGUACUUUACUUAAACCAAUCCUAGAAGAAUUGAUGAGUGGUAAAUAUGUUGCAACAGAUUCAGUCUACGAAUCAUUUGCGGACCAAUUAUUAUUUAAUAAUAUAAAUAGAGGACAAACAGAGACGUGAAAUGUAUAAUUUAUACUUGAUAACAUUUUUAUUUUUGUCAAAUAAUGUAUCAUAGAAAUAUAUUUCAAAUUCAAUUGUGUAUACCUAAUUUAAAUAAAAUAUUUUUAGUUUUAGUUAUAUAAUAACAUAAUAAAUGUAGUCAUCUACAUUGAAAGACCUAAUUUUGAAAAAUGAUCUUUAGAAGCAUAAUAUUAUGUUGUGUGGAAAUUGAAUAUAUUCUGACACCUAAACAGGUAUAUAUUAUGUUUUAUUAUACAUUGUUAUUUCUGAGUAUUUAUAAAAAAUAUUUUGUAUUAUUUAAUUUCAUUAUGGUACUUAUAUAAGUAGCAUGACUAUUUAUCAAAUUUCUAUUGCAAAUAUUACUAUAUUUGUUAAAUAGUUCUGUUACCCCUUGUAUAAUAUCACAUAGUUUGUUUUGAAUUAACCAGUGCCAAUAUUUUAUAACAAAUUGCAAUACCACAUUUUGAAAUUUUCUUCUCAACCUCUAUCAAGUGAAAACAAAUUUUCUCUUAUUGGUAUUAAAUGAAAGCUACACCCAUACAUAUACGUCCAAAAUGUUAACACUCCAAAUUAUUUAAUCUAAAUCAAGUUAGUACCAAGUUUUUUCAAAAUAUUUGCAGUCCCCAAAAAAAAAUUUAAACUACAUUUUUACUGUUUUUAUAUUAUAAAAAUCUUAAAAAAAACAAUAAAUUUUUUUUUUUACAAAGGUUAUC